GUCAAAGAAGAUAGAUUCGCCUCCCAUCCUCUCUUGAUGCACUUACCGCCCCCAGCUGACUGAGGCUUUGAUGCAGUUAAGCUGUGGGCGACCGAGUCGGGUCCAUGACUAGGCUGGCCGCUAAUGCAGUAGCGGUUCGGGAUGCAAAUCAACCUCAGCCGAACACCUGAGCACCACCUAUCAAAUGGAGUACAGGUGGCUGGCAGCUUUUGCUGCGGUCGAUCGAUUGGCCAAGGCUGACCUUCAGCUCGCCAGAAAUUGCAGUGCUUCCUUUGGGUUCCUCCACUGAUGCUUAUAAGACUCCUUGCCUCUGCCAACUCUCCAUGACCUACAUUUACAUGGCCCCUCAAAUACCCCACCAUCUUGCUGAGAAAGAUCACUCCAUAUCCAUGUAUGGGCAGUGAGUCGGCAGAAAACGCAUUCUUCGGUCCUAUUUCUGCAGAAACGUUCCUGCCAUAACUUAGUAUCACGACGACAUGGGCUGGUUCCCGACAACGCUCGAUUCCGAAGCACAGAGCUGGCGGUUUGAUAUUGUCUCUCUUCUAGCCGUCAUCGGAGGAUCUUCCAUCGAAAAGCAUAAGCAGGCCAUCACAGCAUCCCCUUUUGCCGGGUUCCCACGUAUCCUACCCGCACCGGAAUCGCUGCUGGAUACAGAUCGGCCCAACCGGCUCCCCUCUGUCAAAGAAGUGACCAUCAUUGGCGUCUAUUCUGGUACGCACUUCACCGAACUCAAUUUCUUCGCCAAUGUCAUCCACAAACUCGAGGAUCUGGAGGAGUACGAGUUUCAAUCCUACAAAAUUGGAUAUAGGAAACCAAAAGACGCCGUCGAAAGCGCAGCAAAGGCGGACGAUGUCGAGAGGGGACCAAAGCCGAACGGUGUCAAGCAAGAUGAACAAUCGGACAAUCAAAACAGAGAGGUUAUUGUCCCGUUGAAGCCGCUUUGUCCGUUAAACUUGGUGACAUUAAUCUCGAUCCUGAUGACCAUCGGACUCUUCAUCUGGGCGGGUAUGAUCCACGACGGCGUGGCUCUCGUCGGUCUCGCCGCCAUGUCGUUGUCCACCAGUGCUGCCUGUUUAUCUGCGCAGUGGUAUCCAAGGCUAUCCACCCGUACCACGAAAACCCAGGUAAUUAAAGGCGAUAUUGUCAUGAAGACGCGUAACGGCGCUUUCAUAGUGGUCCAAUGCCCCGAAGAGAUCACGAGAGAGUUGUACGGUGGAGCAGAAAGCUGUCGCUACGUGUUCAAGACCCGAGGCCAUCAAGCACUUCUGGCCUGCAGUACGGUCCUUCUCAUGGCGGCUAUCAUCCUCUUCAGCAACUGUGGAUGGACAAUGCAGAUCGCCGUCGGUGUCGCAUACAUCAUUCUCAAUAUCUUGUACUUUGCUCUGGCUCUGCUGAUCGAGCCGGGCGACACAUGGGAUUUGAGCCGGUAUGAAAUUGAGCAGGCCAAACCGAAAAAGACGGGCAAUUACACUAGAGCCUUGUGGGAGGCUAUUCAGAAGACCGGGGAAACUGGUUGGGUCCGAAACGGAGGCCUGGCUCCGUCGACACAUGCCUGGGAUGAAUGGUUAAAGGAGGCUAAACACAAAUGCGACCACCCGGAGACAGAAUGGGACCCUGAAACGGCCAGAGAUAGGUUGAUGUCGCAGACUAAGUCUACUGCUGAGUCUGCUACGCCAAUGGAGGGACAGCAACGUGCCCCGCCACAAAUGUCAGCUAGCAAGUAAUACUGACCACAGGUAUUUCUGUGAAAAUGUCGUGGUUAUCACGAUGUUCUAUGGAAUGUUGGAUAUGAAUUAUUGACGUUAUGAUGGAUAUGUUUGUCAGCCUUUGCGAAUUUGUUACUAGAGCGCUUCUCUCGCUUAUGAAAAGCAGGUAUAAAGCAUAGCGGCUUAGAUUGGGAUAUCUUCUACUUUGUUGCAUCGUCUAGCUAGUUUCAUGUUUGAUAUUUAACUAAGAACAUACUACUGCCCUUGUCGUUUUAGCAUUCAUACUUCAAAGCGUUUGGUUCAUAUUAUUACUGAGAAUGCCUAGGCCGUCUAUCUUCCACACAGAUAGUUUGCAGCAAAACCUUAAAAGCUUUACACACACACACACACACACACACACACA